AUGACUUUCCCGGAGGAUCUGCAAGGUCUAAUGGAUGGAUCCGUUGUGCCGACCAAACGCCAAGUCCUGAGCUUAGUCAUGAGUGUGUUCGAUCCAUUAGGGAUGAUCGCUCCCUUCGUAGUUCAUGGAAGGCCGAUAGUUCAGGAAGCGUGGCGAUCCGGAAUUGGCUGGGAUGAGCCGCUACCUGCAGAUAUCCUACCCCGGUGGGAAAAGUAUGUAAAAUUACUUGGAACACUGGAUAUGGUGAAGAUACCCAGAUGCUACUUUCCCGGCUACAGCGCUGGAGCCUACGAUUCGCUCGAAUUGCACGUUUUCGUUGAUGCUAGCAGUACUGCAUACGCCGCCGCAGCCUACUUCCGGAUAGUAGAUGGUGGUAAAAUACGCUGCAGUCUCGUGUCUGCAAAACCCAAGGUGGCGCCGAUUAAGUUACUUUCAGUGCCACGGUUGGAGCUACAAGCAGCCGUAAUUGGUACACGACUUAUGAAGUCCACGGUCUUGAACUGGCUUCGGUCAGACCCGCGAAAGUACAAGCAGUAUGUAGCAUUUCGGGUAACAGAAAUUCUGGAUGAAACGGAGGUCAGUGAUUGGAAGAAGGUGCCCACGAGAAUGAACGUAGCCGAUGAAGCCACCAAGUGGGGUCAUGGACCAUGUUUCGAAGAACAGAGCAGGUGGUUCAAGGCCCCAGAGUUCCUGUAUAAGCCGGAGUGUAGCUGGCCAGAGGAAGCGGUCGAGUCGACAACAGCCGAAGAAUUAAGGAUGGUCCAUGUGCACCAGCUGCCACCGACGCAGCUAGUCAUCGAGUUCAAACGGUUUUCAAAGUGGGAAAGGUUAACCCGCACAGUAGCAUUCGUUCUACGGUUUGGCUGCAGGCAGAAGGGCAAGGACGUAACCUUGAGCAGUGAGGAGUGUAAACUAGCGGAGUCGACCGUGUUUAAGCCGAUCCAAGCGAGUGAAUACCCGGACGAAUGCAAAAUUCUGCGGAAAAAUCACCAAGUGCAGCUAGAGCAACGUAAGCAAAACCAGCAGAGCAGUCGGAUAUUCAAACUAUCUCCGUUUAUCGACCCAACAGGAGUCAAGUGA